CGUAACACACACCGGAACUGUGAUGUUGAGACAGCGGACUCCUCACUUCACAAACUUAUUUAUAUGUUUUAUUUCAUUUCACUGAACUUCUCCUGCCAUGACGCGCUGGAUUCCCACUAAGCGGGAGAAAUAUGGAGUGGCUAUCUAUAACUAUGAUGCAAGAGGAGAGCCGGAGUUGAGUCUUCAGGUGGGGGACACAGUACACAUACUGGAGACGUUUGAAGGGUGGUACAGAGGAUACACACUGCGACAGAAAUCACACAAGGGCAUUUUUCCUGCCAACUUCAUCCAUUUGAAAGACGCCAAAGUUGAGGGGACAGGCAAACAGGAGACUGUGGUACCUACAGACUUGCCCUUGGUACAUGAGCUUGGCACCACGCUGCGAGAAUGGACGCAGAUAUGGCACAAACUUUUCGUGAACAACAAGACCACACUGUUCCGGAACGUUCAGCAGAUGGCAUACAGCCUGAUCGAGUACCGCUCGCAGAUCGUGUCCGGCACGCUUCCCAACGAUGACCUUGUGGAGCUGAGGAAGAAGGUCACGGCCAAAAUCGAUUAUGGGAACAGGAUUCUGGGUCUUGAUUUGGUGGUACGUGAUGAGGCCGGAAACACGUUAGACCCCGAGCGCACCAGCACGAUCAGUCUGUUCAGAACGCACGAGUCUGCUUCCCGCUCUAUUGAUGAGAGGAUUCAGGAGGAGAAGAUGCGUCUUCAGAACCUGGAGAAACGGCGUCAGACCCUCUUCACCGGGGUGCACACCUUCAGCCUCCUCAUGAAUCUCAAGAACUUCGUGUGCAACAUUGGAGAAGACGCUGAACUCUUUAUGUCUCUGUAUGACUCCGAUAAGUCUGAAUUCAUAAGCGAGAACUUCCUGGUGCGGUGGGACAGCACGGGCAUGCCGAAAGACAUCGAAAAACUCAACAACCUGCCGGCACUUUUCACAGAUCUGAGCAGCAGUGAUCUGAUGAGACCGCGCCUCUUCCUGGUGUGUCAGAUCAUCCGUUUGGGCUGCAUGGAGCUGAAGGAAGGAAAGAAACACACGGGAGGACUGCGCAGGCCGUUCGGAGUAGCAGUCAUGGAUAUCACAGAUGUUGCCCAUGGUAAAAUCGAUGAUGAUGAUAAACAGUAUUUCAUCCCUUUUCAACAGAUUGCCAUGGAAACGUACAUCCGACAGCGGCAGCUCAUCAUGUCUCCACUCAUGCCGUCUCGUGUCAUCGUCGAGAACGAGCCUCUCGUUGCCGUCUUCAACAAGGUUAUUGCCACACGAGAGGUCAACCAUAAAGGACAGGGGCUGUUUGUGACCCUAAAACUGCUCCCGGGAGAUGUGUUUCAGGUCCAGAAAGAUUAUCCUCAUUUUGUGGACCGCACAACACCUAUUGUCAGGAAAAUGGGCUUUCCUGAAAUUAUCCUUCCAGGUUACUUGAGGAACGAUGUUUACGUCACGCUGCUACAAGGAGAGUUUGAUCGUGGCAAGAAGAAAACCCCCAAAAACGUUGAAGUUAUGAUGAGCGUUUUGGAUGAAGAAGGAAAUCCAAUGGAGAAGGCCAUAUUUCCCGGAGCGGGUUAUGAAGGGAUCACAGAAUAUAAGUCUGUCAUUUACUAUCAGGUCAAGCAGCCCUGCUGGAAUGAGACUGUUAAGGUGGCCAUUCCCAUUGAGGAUGUUUGUCGAUGUCAUCUACGACUAACCUUUAGACACAGAUCAUCUCAGGAUUCCAGAGAUAAGUCUGAGAAACCCUUCGGCAUGGCUUUCGUCCGUCUGAUGAAGUCAGACGGCACCACGCUUCCAGAUGGAAAGCAUGAUCUCAUCAUCUAUAAGGUGGAUGUGAAGAAGACUGACGACGCCAAGACAUAUUUGAAUCUGCCCGGCUUGUACGCUGAAGUUGAGGAGAGAGAGAGACAGGCAGGAAAACCUUUCCAUCACAGCGGCGUCAUUCCUGUCACCAAAGACAGCUUCCAGAUCGCCACGCUGACCUGCUCCACAAAACUCACUCAAAACGUCGAUCUUUUGGGCCUUCUCAACUGGAGAUCGAAUACUGAGAGACUUGAAGAAAUUCUCCAGAAACUGAUGGCGGUGGAAGGAGGCGAAAUUAUUAAAUUUUUGCAGGACACGCUGGAUGCUCUCUUUAAUAUCAUGAUGGAGACCUCGGAGGAAGAAACCUACGACACGCCGGUCUUCAAUGCCCUGGUCUUCAUCAUCUCGCUGAUUGGUGACAUUAAGUUCCAGCACUUUAACCCGGUCCUGGAGACGUACAUUGACAAACACUUCAGUGCGACUUUGGCGUACCUAAAGUUGACCAAAGUGUUGAAUUAUUUCGUGGGCCGCGCUGAGGACUCAGCUCAUACAGGGAGACUCUACGCCGCUUUGAAAGCUUUCAAGUACCUUUUUCGAUUCAUCGUGCAGUCACGGAUUCUCCAUCUGAGGUUUUAUGGAAAAAGUGAAGAUGGGGGACAAUUUCUUGACUCCAUUCGUACGCUCUUUCUUUCUAUCAGCAACCUAAUGGACAGGCCUCUGGAUGAGGGCGUUAAAAUAAAGGCAGCGGUCCUAAAAUAUCUUCCUACUACAAUCAAUGACUUACAGAAGGUUUUUGAUCCUGUGGAGCUGAGCAUUCAACUGGCGAAGUUUGUCGAGAGCAUUCCAGAGUUUCAAAUGGUGAGACAGAAGCUCGGCUGUCUGGUUAAAAUCGUGGAGUGCGACCUUUUCAAACUGCCAGACUGCAGGGAUGUGUUGUUGCCCCUGAUCGCAGAUCAGCUGAGCGGUCAACUGGACGAUCGCUCCAAUAAACCCGAUCUGGAGGCCUGCGUCCAGCUCCUCAGUACCGUACUCGACAUACUGGACCUCAAAAACAUUGGUCCCACGUCAGGUCACGUGAAGCUAAUCGUGGACCGUCUGUUGCGAAGGGUCAACCGCACCGUCAUCAACCUGAGCUUAGACUCGCCCCUCAUAGGCCACUACCUCGCAUGCAUGACCGCCGUCCUGAAACAAAUGGAAGACGCGCAUUACGCGCAAUACAUCAGCACCUUCAAAACCAGGCAGGACAUUAUCGACUUUCUAAUGGAGACUUUCAUCAUGUUCAAAAACCUGAUGGGGAAUGUGUUCCCCCCCGACUGGAUGAUCAUGAAUCUCCUUCAAAUGAAAGUCUUUCUGCGGGCCAUAGACCAGUACUCUGAUGUUCUCAACAAGUAUUUUCUGGAAGCCGCUCACUUUCACUUACAGCUCUGGAACAACUAUUUUCAUCUGAUCGUUGCGUUCCUUACCCAUAAGUCAUUGCAGCUGGAGUCCUUUUCUCUCGAGAAGCGAAACAAGAUUCUCAAUAAGUACGGUGAUAUGCGGAAAAGCAUCGGCUUCAAGUUGGGUGACAUGUGGCAUAAUCUUGGCCCACAUAAAAUGAAGUUCAUUCCCGCAAUGGUGGGACCCAUCCUGGAGGCAACGUUAGUUCCAGAGCCAGACCUGAGGAAGGCCACCAUCCCGAUCUUCUUUGACAUGAUGCAGUGCGAACACAAUUUCAGUGCCAACCACACUUUUCAAACGUUUGAGAACGAGCUGAUCACAAAACUGGACCAGGAAGUUGAAGGAGGCCAGGGGGAUGAACAAUACAAGAUUCUGCUGGAGAAGACGUUAUUGGAGCACUGUCGGAAGCAUCGAUACCUGUCUCAGUCCGGUGAGGCUUUGGCUUUGCUCCUGAGCAGUCUGCUGGAGAACUUGCUGGCCUACCGCACCAUCACACAUGAUGAGAGCCCUGAGCUCCGCAUGAGCUGCACUGUCAACGUCCUGAACUUUUACAAAGAAAAGAAAAGAGAGGAUAUUUAUAUCCGAUAUUUGUACAAGCUGCGUGACCUUCACCUGGACUGUGAGAACUUCACCGAGGCGGCAUACACGCUCCUGCUGCACGCUGAGCUUCUGGAGUGGUCGGACAAGGCUUGCGCACCCCACCUUAUCCCGCGGGACGGAGCUCCGGGCUGGACGCAACAAGAGCUGAAGGAAAGACUGUUCCAGGAGAUCAUGUGCUAUCUGGACAAGGGCAAAAUGUGGGAGAAGGCCAUCGAGAUGGCCAAACAGCUUGCUAAACUUCACGAGAACCAAAUGUUUGAUUUCCUCGAGCUCAGCCAGCUGCUGAAACAGCAGGCGCAGUAUUAUGAGAACAUCAUGCACGCCAUGAGACCUCAGCCCGAAUAUUUUGCAGUUGGAUAUUACGGCCAAAGUUUCCCGACUUUUCUUAGGAACAAAAUGUUCAUAUUCCGCGGUAAGGAAUACGAGUGGCUGGAGGACUUUAGCCUGAAGAUGAUGUCUCAGUUUCCCAAUGCGGUGAAGAUGACCAGCACAUCGCCCCCUGGUGACAACAUCUGUAACUCACCCGGUCAACAUAUUCAGUGUUUCACAGUCAAGCCCGUUCUCAACUUGCCUCAGUCGUUCAAAGACAAGGGACUUCCAGAACAAAUCCUCAAUUACUACCGCACGAACGAGGUGGACAAGUUCCAGUAUUCCAGACCUUUCAGGAAGGGAGAGAAAGAUCCAGACAAUGAGUUUGCUACCAUGUGGAUCGAGAGAACCACCUUCAUCACCGCAUAUCGCUUUCCUGGAAUUCUCAAGUGGUUCGAGGUGAAAUCCAUGUCUGUGGAAGAGAUCAGUCCUUUGGAGAAUGCCAUAGAGACCAUGGAGCUGGCCAAUGAGAAGCUGAGUAAUCUGGUCCAGCAGCAGGCCUGUGACCGCUCUCUCCCCGUUCACCCCCUGUCAAUGAUGCUCAACGGGAUUGUGGACCCCGCGGUCAUGGGCGGCUUUUCCAACUAUGAGAAGGCGUUUUUCACAGAGACCUACAUGAAGAAAAAUCCUGAGCACCUGGAGCCCAUUGAAGUCUUAAAACAUCUCAUCGCACUCCAGGUUCCGCUGCUGGAUGAGGGGAUCCGGAUCCACGGUGUGAAAUCCACAGAACAGCUCAAACCUCUACACAACAGACUGGUCAGCUGCUUUCAGGACCUGCGUGCCAAAGUGGAGAAACUCUACGGCGUCAUUACUCUGCCCUGCUCUCUGACAGAAAAGAAGAAGAGUCGUGUUGGGUCAGUGGUGAUGCCGUACAUCAUGUCGUCCACGCUCAGACGUUUGUCCACGAUCUCAAACGCCUCCUCUGGACACUCCAGCGGCUCCGGCUCCUCUGAUGGAAACUCCUCCAGACCCUUGUCACAGGAUUCACUGCUCUCCCGUGUGAGUGACAGCAGGGCGUCGGUUUUGUCCCGUUCAGAAGAAGAUAAUCGGAUCAGUAAGAAGAACAGAAAGGAAUGGAGCGUGAGCAAGUCUCAGGUUCUUCUGCAGAGACCCUCCAACAUGGAUGAGAUUUCUCUAGAGAGGCAGCAGAGACCUAAAAGUCUGACGAUUGGGGAUCGGAGACUCACACUGUCUCUGUUUCAUGCAGAAUCAUCCAGUUUAAGUUUACACAACCCACUCAGCCCACUUCCUGCUUCACCACACACACCGCGCAGCUCCAGUUACACAUGUCUCCCGAGUGACAGUGACAUCAGCACAUCUGACAUCACAAGCACUCCACCACCAAUGCCACCGAAGAAACACCCGCACGAUAGUGACAUCAUCUACAACUCUAUCUCUGAGUUCACACCUCCUCUGCCAAUGAAAGUUGAAAGCAAGCCUCCACCCCCACCACCCAAAACCCGCAAGUCCAUAAUUCCCAGCAAUGACAGCAACCCACUAUAAGAACAUCAACCAGCGCUAUACGUCUCACAUCUAUACACGCUCGUAGCAUCGGGUUUUAUCAGAAAAUCUCUCUUGAACGGUACCCAAGACAUCCGAGGAUCUCCUCUUUUUAAAAUGUCUCCCCCUGAUAAAACAUCACUGCUCUUUAUUCAUUUAAAAAAAAACCUCUGGAUCGUAUUUUUCAUCACUGGUGGGCAGAAAUGCGACCAAUGGAUUUUUUGUUAAAUGUUAUCGUCGUUUAUGUCUAGACAUCAUUUGUUUUGUCUGUCUGCGCCUUAUGAAUUUCAGAUAUCAUGACAACGGAAACAAAUGUUUAUAUUUUAACUCCCUCUUUACACACAUUCACUUUGCACAUCACUCUCGCCCGUGGAGCUCACACAUAUCAAACUUCCUAAUUGAAUCUCUCGCAGGCACUGCGCACAGUUUGCUUGCCAUUACUUUCCCCAAAGCAAAACAUUUCUCUGCGCUUUCAUUUUUCAGUGCAGAAACCAAAUUUGUAUGCAAAAACCUCAAAUAUGAGACGAGUAGUGAAAUAAGUUUCGUUCUGGAGAUGCAGUUUGAUGCGGAGGGUCUCAUCUCGCUGUCAGAUACCUCAAAUCUCAACAUCAUUCCGGUAGUCUGCGCACUGUAUGAAAAGCACACACUGUAUAUUUAUGCCAAACUGUUUUUUAAAUAUUAUAAAGUUUGAAAUUUGAAUGAAAUAACCGCACCUUCAGAUGUGUUAAAUUAUUAUUUGUAAUGUUUUUGUAUGCAAUUAUGAAUUUGUUGGUAAAAAGUCAGAUUCUGGAUCGGAUUCAUAUUUGCGCAUUUACGGUUCACAUGAGAUUAAGAUUUACAUUAAAGGUUUCUAGGUUUCUAGUUUUGUACUGUAGCAGUGUUUGUGCAAACACAUUUCUGCACCAAACGUUUGUAUAUUCUGUAUUAAAUCAUGAAAUUAUGAGAACAAAUAAGAUCAGUUUCCCAGAUCUAUGGGGGAAAACCCGAGCAAUGUUUUUUAAAAGGGAUCGUAGAUGUAAAUAUUACAUUUCUUUUGACAGAAUUAUUUAAACUUGAUAUUGUAAUUUAAAGGAGGUUUGAAUGAGCAGACUUAAUUCUUUAAAGCAAGAACAUUGAUCAUUUUAACUUUUCUGAAUUUUUUACUCUUAAUUAAAUGAAUUUGUUUUUAAUGUCAUUCAUAUUUGUGGAUGAAUGUGAAUAUGAUUUAUACUGUUGACUUGUACUUCAGAAUGCCUGCACUUAGGUUUCAAUAAAAGUGCCAAAACAGA